AUGACGAAGAAAAGGAGAAACAACGGACGAUCCAAGCACGGGCGAGGCCACGUGCGGCGCGUGCGGUGCGAGCAGUCGGGCGUCCUGGUGCCCAAGGACAAGGCCAUCAAGCGGUUCAUCGUGAGGAACAUCGUGGACGCCUCGGCGAUCAGAGACAUCCAGGAGGCUUGCGUCUAUGACGGGUACACGCUCCCCAAGAUCUACAGGAAGGUGUACUAUUGCGUGUCUGCCGCGAUUCACUCCAAGGUGGUGCGGGUGCGCAGCAUCAGAGACCGGCGGGUGAGGGAGCCGCCGAGGAGGUUUGGAUUUGGGGGUAAGAAGUAG